AUGGCCGAGCAAAACGGCCGGAAGGCCAAUGCAAACAUGCAUGAAGCUGCAGGCCAUUCACUGGGUCUGGAAACAGAGGUCCAGCCAAGUUCAGGCAGCCAACAGGAUACGAAGAGCACCAAGACAGUUCCAUUUACGAAGCUUUUCUCAUUUGCGGAUUCCACAGAUUGCAUAUUGAUGAUCGUUGGUUUUGUUGGUGCGGUUGAUAAUGGGAUAUGCUUCCCCAUCUCCUCACUCCUCUUUGGGAAAUUGGCUGAUUCUUUUGGACAGAACCAAAAUAACAAAGACGUGGUUGGGGUUGUUUCUAAGGUUGCACUGAAAUAUGUAUAUUCGGCUAUGGGGGCCGGUAUGGCAGCUUUCAUCCGUAAGUAA